AUGCCACUUUUAGAUGUCUAUAUGAGUGCUAAUUCCAUAUUCAAAUCUGAGCCUGAAAAAGUAUCUUCUCCUCAAAUCAAGGUCGGAUUAUUAUGUGUACGACCGGACGAAAAAAAUAAAGUUUGCCACGGAAACGGGAGAGUAACCCGAAACUACGAUGCCGAGAAUAAAUUGUCGUCUUGCAUGCAUUCCAAGCUCAUCUUGUCCUGGCUGAAAGAGAGUUACGGUUUGACUGCCGGGAAGUUAUUGCAAGUUCGCGCAACAGACCGAACAUUUUAA